AUGGCCACGAGGACUAUCCGACAGAAUCCGGAUGAGCAAUUGAAAAAUAUAGAAUUUGAGACAUCUGAGGAUGUUGAUGUCAUCCCCAGUUUUGAAUCCAUGGGCUUGAGAGACGACCUGCUGAGGGGAAUAUAUGCUUACGGAUUUGAACGCCCCUCAGCUAUCCAACAAAGAGCAAUCAAACAAAUAGUCAAGGGCCGUGACGUAAUUGCACAGGCUCAAUCAGGCACUGGUAAAACUGCCACUCUUGCUAUGUCCAUCCUUCAAAUGCUGGACACUCAGUUACGCGAAACUCAAGCCCUUAUUUUAUCGCCUACCAGAGAGCUGGCUUCCCAGAUCCAAAAAGUAAUUCUUGCACUGGGUGACUACAUGAAUGUGCAUUGCCAUGCGUGCUAUGGAGGCACCAACAUAGGAGAAGAUAUCAGGAAGCUCGACUAUGGUCAACACGUCAUAUCGGGGACUCCGGGUCGCGUGUUCGAUAUGAUUCGUCGUCGCAACCUGCGAACCCGUGCGGUGAAAUUGUUCAUUUUGGACGAAGCUGAUGAAAUGUUAGACAAGGGGUUCAAGGAGCAAAUCUAUGAUGUCUAUCGUUACUUGCCCCCUGGGACACAGGUUGUUCUUCUCUCCGCUACUAUGCCUCACGAAAUCCUCGAGAUGACCUCAAAGUUCAUGACACAGCCGGUUCGUAUUUUGGUCAAACGUGAUGAACUGACACUGGAAGGAAUCAAACAGUUUUUCGUGGCAGUGGAACGUGAGGAGUGGAAAUUUGACACCCUGUGUGAUUUGUAUGAUACACUCACAGUUACACAGUCCGUUAUCUUUUGCAACACGAAGCGUAAGGUCGAGUGGCUGACUGAAAAAAUGCGUAAGAAUAAUUUCACUGUCGCCUCAAUGCACGGCGACAUGGUGCAAAAAGAACGAGAGGAGAUCAUGCGCGAUUUCCGUGCUGGUGAAAGCCGGGUACUGAUUACCACUGACCUCUGGGCUCGAGGUCUCGACGUGCAACAGGUGUCAUUGGUCAUCAAUUACGACCUACCCAACAAUCGUGAAUUGUACAUUCAUCGAAUCGGUCGAUCGGGUCGUUUUGGACGUAAAGGAGUUGCAAUCAACUUCGUGAAAACAGAGGAUAUUCGUAUUUUGCGCGAUAUCGAACAAUACUACUCCACGCAAAUCGAUGAAAUGCCCAUGAAUGUAUCUGAUUUGGUUUAG